UGGGUUGAUGAAGUUAAUAACACCUUCAACAGUUAGAAGCUUGGUGCAGUUGAAAGAAAUGAGCGUAGAGGAAUGUGAAACGCUAAUAGAAAUUGUAGAAAAUGAGGGAGAUACAACAAGGUGUACUGAAAUUAUUUUUAACAAUUUGAAGAAGUUGUUUUUUAGAAAGUUAGAAAGUCUCACAUGCUUUUGCUCUUGGAAUUACUCUUUCAAUUUCCCAUCUUUGGAAGAGUUAACUAUAGUGGAAUGCCCCAAUAUGAAGACUUUCUCUCAAGAAAUCUUAGACACGCCAAAGUUGACCAAAGCCAUUUGUAGGUGGAAAAAUGGACGGAAUUGGGAGAAAAAGAAUAUAGACAUUGAGAGUGGCCUUAAUACAAACAUACAACAAGCAUACAAAAAACAAAAACAGGUUGACUCCAAUUUGAAGGAAUUGAAAUUAACAUUAAGUGGAAGGGAUGUCAAGUCAAUUUGGCAAGGAGAGUUUCAAGAGAACUUUGGCAAAGUAAAAACUCUUCAAUUGAUUAAGGAUGAAUAUGCAAACAUUCCACUUCAAAUUCUUAACAAAUUUAAUAGUCUUGAAAAACUCAUAUUGAAAGUGAGUUCAUAUGAAGAGAUAUUCUCAUUUGAAGAGGAUAAGGAAUACACUGGAGCACACACAAAAUUAAAAAUUUUAGAAUUUUGGGGACUUUUUAAUUUAAAGUGCAUUUCUAAACAAGGCUCCCGAUUUAACUCAAUUUUUCAAAGUCUUCAUUCUUUAGAGGUAAACCAUUGUCACAAUUUGAUGACUCUGCUGCCAUCAUCAACAUCUUUUGAAAAUCUUACAACUUUGAUGGUAAGCUAUUGCAAUGGAAUGCAAAACUUAAUGUCAUCCUCAACAGCCAAAAGUUUGGUGCGACUAGAAGACUUGUCAAUAAAAGGAUGUGAAAUGAUGAUCGAAGUAUUAGCAAAAGAAGGAGAUACAGAGAAAGGUGAAAUUGUUUUUGAGAAAUUGAAGAAGUUAUACUUGUAUAGUUUAGAAAGUCUCACUUGUUUCUAUUAUGGGAAUAAGUAUGAUAACUUAAAAUUCCCAUGUUUGGAAAGCUUAAAAGUGACAGAAUGCUCCAAAAUGAAGACUUUCUCUAGAGGAGGCUUAAGCAUGCCAAGGUUAAAGUACCUGAACUCCAGAUAUUGUUUGGAGAGUGACAUUGAUAGGACAAUACAACAAUUACAAAAUGAUUGUUCAGAGUUAUGGAAAAGAUUCCCAGGUUCUAGAGUGUAAUGUUCAUCAACACACAACAAACUCAUGUGUUAAUUUCAAACGAGUCGUAUCGAUCACGCGCGUCCUCUCCCUUCCGUUCUCCAUAACCCUUUCAAAAUCGUUCGACGGUCCAGCCAGUUCAACCGCCGACAAUUUAGAUGAGAUUGCCAAGUUGUUCCUAGAUCUGUUCGCAACGAUCGGCGAAAAUAGUGUCAAAUGAUGCCGAUUACGCUUCAAGAAUAUUAGAAGUUGAAAAUUGGCGUAGUAUUUGUGUGAGCUUUGAGCGACAGAUUACUGGCAGGAUCCUGCAAAAGGUAGUAUCCGAUUUAGGAGAGAUUCAGCAAGGAUUCAUCAAGUGCAAAUACAUUGAAUGGCUCCUGAGAAUAUUUGUGCAAAAAGAUAUCUGGUGUUUGAAGUUCAAACUGCAUUCAGAAUGAUUUGCAUUGCAUGAUAUUUAAAGGCCUGGUGUUCUCACAACAUUAAUGGGUGUUAGUGGAGCUCGAAAAUCCACUCUUCUAGAGGUUCUGGCAAGAAAAAAAAACUGCUGGCUAUAUCAACGGGGAAAUAAAAAUUAGUGGGUAUCCUAAGCGUCAAGAAACAUUUGCAAGAGUUUCAGGUUAUUGUGAGCAAACCAACGUACAUUCUCCUCAACUCACUGUAGAAGAAUCUUUGAUUUUUUCUGCUUGGCUACAUUUGUCUCCUGAGAUUAACACAAAAACUAAGACAUCCUUGAGAUCAUAGAGCUUGAUAAUAUUAAGGAUGCCUUGAUUGGCAUACCAGGAGUUAGUGGUCUAUCUGUUGAGCAACGUAAGCAGCUCACCAUAGUUGUCGAACUUGUUGCCAAUCCAUCUAUAAUCUUUAUGGAUGAACGUACAAGUGGUUUAGCUACGCGAACGGGAACAAUUGUCAUGCAAGCUGUCUAAAAUGUGGUUGAGACAGGAAGGACAAUUGUUUGCGCUACUCACCAACCAAGCAUUGACAUAUUUGAAGCAUUUGAUGAGGCAAUCCCUUGGGUGCCGAAGAUUAGAGAUAACUAUAAUCCGGCGACAUGGAUAUUAGAGCUCUCAUCUCCAUCUUCAGAAGUCUAACUUGGUGUAGAAUUUUCCCAAAUAUACACGGAUUCUGCUUUACAUUAGCACACGAAAGCUCUUGUGAGGGGGUUGAGUACUCCACCUCCUGGUUCAAAUGAUUUGCAUUUUCCAACCCGCUUCACACAAAGUGGUUGAGUGCAAUACCCUUAUUGUCUAUGGAAACAGAACUUGUCUUAUUGGAGAAGUCCUUCAUACAACUUAUUCCCGGCAGUUAUAGCAUCUUUGCUUUUUGGUGUACUGAUUUGGGACCACGGAAAGGAGCGCAAUGUUAUGUACCGAGAAAAAAUUUGCAGGAAUGUACUCUCCCUGGGCUUUUUCAUUUGCACAGGUGACUGUUAAGCUUCCUUAUUUAUGUCUUCAAGCAAUUAUAUACGUGAUCAUCACCUAUCCGAUGAUUGGAUUUUAUUGGUCGGCGUAUAAGGUCUUCUGGGUGUUCUGUUUAUCUUGCAAUGCUACUUGUGGCAUUGAAGCCGACUCGCAUGGUUGCUUCUAUUCUAUCCUCUUUUUUCUACACCUUAUUCAAUCUGUUUCCUGGAUUCCUUAUUCCUGAACCGCAAAUUCCAAAAUGGUGGGUUUGGUUGUAUUAUCUGAUUCCUACUUCUUGGACGCUAAACAGUUUGAUCACAUGACAAUAUUGAGAUAUCAACAAGAAAAUUAGCGUUUAUGGAGAAUUAAAAAGCAUAUCAACCUUUCUUAAAAGAUUACUUCGGUUUUCACCAUGAUCGCUUGCCUAUUACAGGCAUUGUUCUUCUCAUCUUUCCUCUUGUUCUUGCCUCUCUUUUCGCGAUUUGUAUAGGAUGGUUGAACUUCGAGAACAGGUCAGACAUUGGAGGAGAUGUUAACGUUUGUACAGAGCCUUAUAAGCAAUACAUAUUGAAUUUAUAUUUUUUCA